GAGGGGAUAUCAGUAUCUCGUUCAAGGGCACUGAAGAUGAAGGAGCUGGCAGCGGCGGAGCUGGGGCACCUGCUUGUGUUCGCCUUCCUCUUCUGCGUCGGAGCCUUCAUGGCGGCGCCAGUGAUCACCGACGUGACGAUGGCGGCGCUCUGCCCCGGCCAAGACCAGUGCUCCCUCGCCAUCUACCUCACCGGCCUCCAGCAAGCCGUGACUGCGCUGGGUGCGCUCGUGGUGACGCCGGUGGUGGGCAACCUGUCCGACAGAUACGGCCGCAAGGCGCUGCUCGCGCUCCCCGCAACCGUCUCCAUCGUUCCACUGGCGAUCCUGGCGUUUAACCAGGCCAAGGCCUACUUUUACGCGUACUACGUCGCCAAGAUGCUCACGUCCAUGGUCUCCGAGGGCACCAUGAUGUGCCUCUCGCUCGCUUACGUGGCUGAUAAGGUGCCCGAGGCGGGGCGGGGGGCGGCAUUUGGGGUGUUCUCCGGCGUCUGCACCGCCGGCUUCGUCGCCGGCACCAUCGCCGCCCGCUUCCUCUCCGUCUCCUCCACAUUCCAGGUGGCGACGUUGGCGGCGGUCGCUGCGGCGGUGUACAUGAGGGCCUUCGUCCGGGAGACGGUUGGCGGCGCGUCGCUGCUGCGCGACGAGGAGGCCUCCCGCCGUCUGCUAUGCGCCCCCUCCUCCAGCGCCGACGAGGCGUCGCCGAGGCUCCCGCCGCUCCGGAAGGCGCCGUCGCUGCCAGAGAUGGCCGCGCUUCUUACUAGCAGCUCCACUUUCAAGAGAGCAGCGGUCGUCACAUUCUUCCACGCCCUUGGUGAAACAGGCCUGCAAACUGCACUGCUGUAUUUCCUGAAGGCGCAAUUCCAUUAUACCAAGAACCAGUAUGCCAAUUUGCUGCUUAUUAUUGGCGUCACAGGCAGCUUCUCACAGCUGACCGUGAUGCCUCUCCUAGCGCCGAAGUUGGGUGAGCAGAGGCUAUUGAUUGUGGCACUUCUAGGGAGCUGCGUGCACGGAUUCCUAUACAGCAUCGCAUGGUCAUUCUGGGUCCCUUAUCUUGCUGCAAGCUGUGUGAUCCUGAGUAUCUUGGUCGGCCCUUGUAUAAGGAGCAUUGUAUCUAAAAAAGUAGGACCUUCUGAGCAGGGAAUGGUUCAAGGGUGUAUCACUGGAAUCAGCUCAACUGCUAGUGUGAUAUCUCCUCUAGUUUUUACUCCCCUCACAGCCUGGUUCCUGUCAGAAAAUGCACCUUUCAAUUUCAAAGGUUUCAGCCUUGCCUGCGCUGGAUUUGCAACAUUGGUAGCACUAACACUGAGCAUUAAUAUGAGGCCCGCAGAAGUUCAGCCAGAUACCAAAUAGAAGGCACUACAAGAACAAGUGAAUACAUGUCCAUAUAUAGAUUUUAGAUGUAUAUAAUGCUGAUAUUUUUUCUUCUUUCUUGCUUAAUGUCAAUAGUUACGGUUCAACUUGGGCAGCUGUUCCAUCAUUGAUAGUGGAUUAAUAGGAACAGCAAAAUAGUGGUGUGAAGUAUCAAAAGUAGAAGCAGAUCUACAGUCUUCGUUUUUUUUUUCAUAAAAUUAUCUUUAAGUGAUUAUAGGUUCCACUUUUCAUCUAAGCCGUAUAUUUGAGAUCUAAUGGCUGGAAUGGAAGAGGUUUUCACCUGAUACGACGCCGAGAGAAACACGGAAGAAGAAAAGAAAAACUACGUGGGUUACUGGCCUGUUAGCGAUGAGGUUUUCUUUUUCUACUUUUUUUUUCACAACUGAAUUGCUUAUUCACAUCCACUUUUGUAAAGAGUAAAAUGCAUCAGAGGUCGUAGUUCUUUCGUAAA